AUGAGGAUUAUUCAUGGAUCAGGUUACACAGAAGAGGACAGGAAAAGCUUCACAAAACUGGUUUACCAAAACAUAUUUACUGCAAUGCAAGCGAUGAUCAGAGCCAUGGACACUCUCAAGAUACAGUACACAUUCAAGGAGAAUGAGGUAAGCCAUGCUCAGAUGAUCAAAGAAGUGGAAGUGGAUAAAGUGAGAGUGCUGGAAAGAAAACAAGUUGAAGCAAUCAAGAAGCUCUGGGAAGACUCAGGAAUUCAAGAAUGCUACGACAGACGGAGGGAGUACCAACUCUCAGACUCUGCUAAGUAUUAUCUUACUGACCUUGAUCGUAUUGCUAUGCCUUCAUUUGUGCCAACUCAGCAAGAUAUUCUUAGAGUCCGAGUGCCAACUACAGGAAUUAUUGAGUAUCCUUUUGAUUUAGAAAAUAUUAUAUUUAGGAUGGUGGAUGUAGGUGGCCAAAGGUCAGAAAGAAGGAAGUGGAUCCAUUGUUUUGAAAGUGUUACUUCCAUCAUUUUCUUAGUUGCAUUAAGUGAAUAUGAUCAAGUCUUGGCAGAAUGUGACAAUGAGAAUCGAAUGGAAGAAAGCAAGGCCUUAUUUAAAACUAUCAUUACAUAUCCCUGGUUUCUGAAUUCUUCAGUUAUUUUGUUUUUAAAUAAAAAAGAUCUUCUAGAAGAGAAAAUAAUGUAUUCCCAUCUAAUUAGUUACUUUCCAGAAUACACAGGACCUAAACAAGAUGUCAAAGCUGCUAGAGACUUCAUUUUGAAGCUGUAUCAGGAUCAGAAUCCAGACAAGGAGAAAGUAAUCUACUCCCACUUCACUUGUGCCACGGACACAGAAAAUAUUCGUUUUGUCUUCGCUGCCGUCAAGGACACGAUCCUGCAGUUAAACCUGAGGGAGUUCAACCUGGUUUAA